UAUCCAGCUUCCUUGUUGGAGCCUCCCUGAAUGUAUCUGCUCUGCACUGGAGUGGCCGCGGCCUCUUCGGUGUGGAGAUCCCGGCCCCGGCCCACCAUCAGCGGGCUGCAUAGGCUGGGAUCCGGUGAUUUCUUUGCUGACUCGAGUGGUCCGGGAGUGUCCGCGACCGCAGAGCCCUAGGCGCAGUUGUGAGGCCCGACAGUGUGUGAAUGAGAGAGAAUCACCACACCAAAGCAGUGCUGGAAAGAGUUGCUCUAGAGAGGCAGCUGGAGUGUCAAGAUGCUGUCCAGACCAAAGCCAGGGGAGUCAGAGGCGGACCUGCUGCGUUUCCAGAGUCAGUUUCUUGCAGCUGGUGCGGCUCCAGCAGUACAACUGGUGAAGAAAGGAAGUAGGAGAGGUGGCGACACUAACCUGGACCAUCCUCUGCUACAAGAUCAUCGGGAUGUGGUGACGCUGGACAAUCUCCCAGAUUUGCCCCCAGCUUUGGUUCCUGCUCCCCCGAAGAGAGCCAGACCCAGCCCUGGCCGUCCCCCACCUGAACAUGAGGAUCCGGAAGAGAGGCUGAACAGGCACGAUCAGCACAUCACUGCUGUCUUGACUAAGAUCAUUGAACGAGAUACAAGUUCAGUGGCUGUGAGUCUGCCUGUGCCCAGUGGUGUUGCUUUCCCUCCUGUGUUCCAUCGCUCACAGGAGAGACAGGGGAAGUCAGCAACAUCUGGUAAGAGAAGCAUCUUUGCCCAAGAAAUUGCAGCAAAGAGAGUGUCUGAAGCUAGGGUCCCACCAGUUAGAGAAGUUGUGUCUACCCUGGAUCCACUAGAGGGUGCUGCAUCCUGUGAGGCACUCACACCUAGGGAGCAGGGCUACCAGCUUCCAUGGGGCAGCCACAGCUUCCAGGGACCCAAUCUAGUCACAGGGAAGGGGCUCAGGAGCCAGGACGCUGAGCAGGAAGCCCAGACCAUCCAUGAAGAGAACAUAGCAAAACUACAAGCCAUGGCUCCUGAAGAGAUCCUGCAGGAACAGCAGCGGCUGCUAGCUCAGCUCGAUCCCAACUUGGUUGCCUUCUUGAGGUCCCACAGCCAUGUCCAUGACCAAGCAGGAGAGAAGGCCACAGAGGAGCAGAGACCAGGAGGACCCUCUGUUGAGGUCACUGGAGAGGAACCCAUUGUGCCGACUUCUCCAAGUGAGCCCAGGCAGGAAGAUGAGCUGGAGCCAGAAGCCCCAGCUCUGGCACCACCUGUGACGCCCCACAAAGAAUGGCUGCACAUGGACACUGUGGAGCUGGAGAAGCUCCAGUGGACCCAGGACUUGCCCCCACUCCGGCGGCAGCAGACGCAGGAGAGGAUGCAGGCCCGAUUUAGUCUUCAGGGAGAGCUUCUGGCCCCUGAUGUGGACCUGCCCACCCAUCUGGGCCUGCACCACCAUGGAGAAGAGGCAGAGAGAGCGGGAUACUCCCUGCAGGAGCUGUUCCACCUCACGCGCAGCCAGGUGUCCCAGCAGAGAGCACUAGCGCUGCAUGUGUUGGCCCAGGUCAUCAGCAGGGCCCAGGCUGGCGAGUUUGGGGACCGGCUAGUGGGCAGUGUCUUGCGCCUCCUCUUGGAUGCUGGUUUCCUCUUCUUGCUGCGCUUCUCCCUGGAUGACAGAGUGGACGCAGUCAUUGCAGCUGCCGUCCGGGCUCUUCAGGCUCUGCUCGUGGCUCCUGGAGAUGAGGAGCUCCUCGAUAGCUCCUUCUCCUGGUACCAUGGAGCUUUGACGUUUCCUCUGAUGCCCAGCCAGGAGGACAGGGAGGACGAUGAGGAUGAAGAUGAAGAGGCCCCAGCAGAAAAAGCAAAAAGAAAGAGCCCUGAGGAAGGAAACCGGCCUCCAUCUGACCUGGCCCGACAUGACAUCAUCAAGGGGCUUCUGGCUACCAACCUGCUGCCACGGCUGCGCUACGUGCUAGAGGUGACCUGUCCAGCCCCUUCUGUGGUCCUUGAUAUCCUGGCUGUGCUCAUCCGUCUGGCCCGGCAUUCCCUGGAGUCAGCCACAAGGGUCCUGGAGUGCCCUCGACUAAUAGAGACCGUGGUUCGAGAGUUCCUGCCCACCAGCUGGUCCCCCAUGGGGGUGGGGCCUGUCCUCAGUCUACACAAAGUGCCCUGUGCCACUGCCAUGAAACUACUUCGUGUCCUGGCCUCGGCUGGUAGGAAUAUUGCUGCCCGGCUGCUGAGCAGCUUUGAUCUCCGGAGCCGCCUGUCCCGCUUUAUAGCAGAGGCUCCCCAGGAAAUGGCCUUGCCCCCAGAGGAAGCUGAGAUGCUGAGCACUGAGGCCUUCCGUUUGUGGGCUGUGGCUGCCUCCUAUGGCCAGGGUAGUGACCUUUACAGGGAGCUAUACCCAGUGCUGAUGCGGGCCCUGCAGGCUGUGCCAGAGGAGCUCAGCACCCAGCCCCCUCAGCCCCUGUCUGUGCAGCGGAUAGCCUCCUUGCUCACUCUGCUCACCCAGCUGACCCUGGCAGCCAGUAGCACUGUCCCUGAGUCCAGCAGUGACUCUGCUGAGGCCAGUCUGUCGGCCACCCCUUCCUUGAUCACUUGGACACAGGUGUCCGGGCUCCAACCCCUUGUGGAGCCCUUUCUAAGACAGACCUUGAAGUUGCUGCCCAGAUCUGAGAAUUGGCAUGCUCUAGGCCCGGUGCCCACUGCCUGCCUACUCUUCCUGGAUGCAUACUACCAGGCCUGGAGCCAGCAGCCAAGCCUGUGCCCAGGGGAUUGGCUUCAGGAUAUGGAGCGCCUGUCAGAGGGGCUGCUGCUACCCUUACUGCACCCACCCACUCUGGGCAGCCUGUGGGAUUCUCUUGGGUGCUGCUCCCCUCUCUGCAACCCGCAGUUCUGUGUUCCGGCCCCUGAAGCUCUCCCCAGCCUGGUGUCACUGGGCUGCACAGGAGGACGCCCCUCUCUCAGUCUGGCUGGCUCAGCCUCACCCUUCCCGUUCCUCACUGCCCUCCUGUCUCUCUUCAACACCUUGGCCCGGAUCCACAAGGGGCUAUGUGGCCAGCUGGCUGCCAUAUUGGCUGCCCCAGGACUCCAGAACUACUUCCUCCAGUGUGUGGCUCCUAUGGCUGCCCCACAACUCACUCCCUUCUCUGCGUGGGCCUUGCGCCAUGAGUACCACCUACAGUACCUGGCACUCACCCUGGCCCAGAGAGCGGCAACAGUCCAGCCAGUUCUGGCGGUCAAUGCUGCUCUCCAUCAUAGUAUGGUGUUGGCCCUGCUGAGCCGACUGCUGCCUGGAAGUGAGUACCUUGCCCAUGAGCUACUGCUGAGCUGUGUAUUCCGUCUGGAGUUCCUCCCGGAAAGAGCAUCAGGUGGUCCAGAGGCAGCUGACUUCUCUGAUCGGCUGUCCUUAGGGAGCGGCAGGGACUCUGCAUGUGGGCGAGGGGCUCUGCUGGUUCAGGCCUGCCAGGACCUCCCCAGCAUCCGCAGCUGCUACCUGACCCACUGCUCACUGGCCCGAGCCAGCCUAGUAGCCUCUCAGGCCUUGUACCGAGGGGAGCUACGGCACAUCCCAGCCCUGCUGCUUCCUGUGCCUAAGGAGCCACUGCUGCCCACCGACUGGCCUUUCCUGCCAUUGAUCCACCUCUACCACCAGGCCUCAGACGCGCCCUCAGGACUUCCUCCUGCUGACACAGUAGGCACAGCUAUGCGGGCUCUGCAGUGGGUGCUCGUCUUGGAAAGCUGGCGCCCCCAGGCCCUCUGGGCUGUGCCUCCUGCUGCCCGCCUGGCACGGCUCAUGUGUGUGUUCCUGGUAGACAGUGAGCUGUUCCGGGAAACCCCAAUACAACGUCUGGUGGCAGCUCUCCUUGCCCAGCUCUGCCAGCCUAAAGUCCUGCCAGACCUCAAGCUGGAUUGUCCGCUUCCUGGCCUGACAUCUUUCCCUGACCUCUAUGCCAACUUCCUGGAGCAUUUUGAGGCUGUCUCUUUUGGGGACCAUCUCUUUGGAGCUCUGGUUCUCCUUCCCCUGCAGCGUCGGUUCAGUGUCACUUUGCGCCUCGCCCUCUUUGGGGAGCAUGUGGGAGCCUUGCGAGCUCUGGGCCUGCCUCUGACCCAGUUGCCUGUGUCCUUGGAGUCCUAUACGGAGCCUCCUGAAGACAACCUGGCCCUCCUUCAGCUCUACUUCCGUGUCCUGGUUACUGGUGCACUCUGCGCACGCUGGUGCCCUGUACUCUAUGCUGUGGCUGUGGCUCAUGUCAACAGCUUCAUCUUCUCCCAGGACCCAAAGAGUUCAGACGAGGUAAAGGCUGCCCGCAGGAGCAUGUUGCAGAAGACUUGGAUGCUGACGAAUGAGGGUCUCCGGCAGCACCUUCUCCACUAUAAGCUCCCUAAUCCUGCCCUCCCAGAAGGCUUUGAGCUAUAUCUCCAGCUGCCCUCUCUGCGUCAGCAGUACCUCCAGAGACUGACCUCAGGGAUGCUCCAAAAUGGGGAAUCAGAGACCUAGUAUGGCUGCUACAGAUGAAGAGAUGGAUACGGUCUCCUGGGGUUUACCAACACGGGCCUGGCCAGACAGAAGGGUUUUGUGGCUUAAGGGUGGGCAGGAGACAAGGGAGAAGGCUUGCUUUCCUGGGAGCAGGCUGUGAGCUUUUUUGGAGCAGAGUGAGCCCUCCCAUUAUAUCCUGAUGUCUGAAACUCAGGAUCUGGUCUGUAUGGAAGUGAAGGGUAACUUAAUUACUUGCCCCUCUCUUGGAGACAAGACAAACUAUGUACAUGUCUCCUCCUUCCCCUGCCCCAGACCAGAUACAUAAAUGCUGUAGAUGUGUACUGAAAUAAAAAUUUUUUGUAUCUCC